AUGUGACGUUUAUACAGUGAGCCGGGCGGGGCCGGUAUAUUGGAAGGAGUCGCUGUACAUAUGCCAUGUUUUCUGUCCACGCCUUGUGGUAUUACUGAUCUUUCGGGUUGACAGUCAUGUUCGAGGAAGCUAAAUUAACACAGUGCCUCUUCUUUCUUUGUGACGCUGCAACUGAUAACGAGAAAUAGUUAACUUUUGCUGAAUUGUGUGAACAAGUUGCUAGAUUGGAUGAUAGAUCGUUUGAUUUAGCUAUCUUUGCAACGAAUGUAAAUGGGAAAAAACACACAGAUGUAGCUUGCUUUCUGGCUUGGCAGAGUGUGGUAAACAAUAGCCUAACUUAGCUAGCUUCCUUUGAAGACAGUUUGCUACCAAUUUGCCUGUAUAUGAUAUUUUUCCAGUUGACAGAUAACAAGCUUGCUAGUUACAUCGAGUGAAUCAACUGUACACUACAGGUCCCUUUGGUCGAUGACAUCGGGUUUUUUAUUAUUGGAGAUUUAGCUAGCUCUAGUCGGUUCUCAAUUGAACAAUGUCAGAUUCUGGACCAGCAGCUGGUUCGGUGGUAGCGGACCCGCAACAUUCACGGAAACUACUCCGGGCCCUUCGCUCGUUCUGGCAAGAACAAUGCUUUCAAGAUGCCGUUCUGGUAAUCGACGGCGAAGAGAUCCCCGUUCAGAAAAACAUACUGGCAGCAGCUAGCCCGUACAUAAGGACAAAGCUGAACUACAACCCACCAAAAGAGGAUGGUUCUGUCUAUACCAUUGAGCUGCAGGGAAUCUCUAUGCCCAUAAUGAAACAGAUCCUGAAUUACAUCUUCAGUGGAGAGAUCACGCUGAGCGAGGACACCAUCCAGGACGUGGUGCAGGCCGCAGACCUGCUCCUCCUGACCGACCUGAAGUUGCUGUGCUGCCAGUUCCUGGAGACCUGCAUCACAGCGGAGAACUGCAUCGGGAUCCGCCUCUUCUCCCUGCACUACUGCUUGCACCACGUCCACCACGCCGCCACCGACUUCCUGCAGACACACUUCCGCGACGUGGUCACCACGGAGGAGUUCCGCGAGCUCCCCCCGGACCGGCUGCGCGAGCUGCUGGCCAUGGAGAAGCUCAACGUGGGCAACGAGAAGCACGUGCUGGAGGCCGUGGUGCGCUGGCUCCAGCACGACCCUGUGGAGAGGCGGGUCCACAUGAAGGAAGUGAUGUCAUCAGUGUGGGUACAAGGACUGGACACGGGGUACCUGAGAGAGCAGAUGCUAGGAGACCCGCUGAUGAGGGAGGUGAUUCGGGAGUAUUGCCACGCCCCUCUUGGUGGAGCGUCCCAACAGGGAGAGGCCCUGCUGGCCUCCUUCAAACCCCGUGGCUACUCUGAGUGCAUCAUUACUGUAGGGGGCGAGGACAGGACCACCCGCAAGCCGUCGGCAGUGACGCGCUGCAUGUGCCCGCUCUACGACCCCAACCGUCAGCUGUGGAUCGAGCUGGCGCCCAUGACCAUCGGCCGGACGGGACACGGAGUGGUGGUCGCGGAGGGCUACCUCUUUGUGGUUGGCGGGAUGGAUGAAACCAAGACUGUUCUCAGCAGCGGGGAGAGAUAUGACCCUGACACCAACACCUGGAGCCCCAUCCCCCCUAUGAGCCAGGCACGGCAGAAUUUUGGUAUCGCAGAGCUGGACGGAUUUAUCCACGUGCUGGGUGGAGAAGAUGGAGAGACUGAACUGCUCACCAUCGAGGUGUAUGACCCCCACAUCAAGACCUGGACCACCCAGGGAAGCAUGACUAUGGUUCGCAAGAUUGGCUGCUAUGCCACUAUGAACAAGAAGAUCUAUGCCAUGGGUGGUGGCUCCUAUGGGAAGCUGUAUGACUCAGUGGAGUGUUACGAUCCAAAGACACAGCAGUGGACAGCACUCUGCCCCCUGAAGGAAAGGAGGUUUGGGGCCGUGGCGUGUGGCGUGGGUCAGGAGCUGUACGUUUUCGGAGGCGUCAGAAGCCGCGAUUCGGAAAACCCGGAGUCCAGCCAGAUGACCACCUGCAAAUCGGAGUUCUACCACGACGAACUGAAAAGGUGGAUGCUUCUGGAUGAUCAAAGCCUCUGUGUCACAACAAGCUCCUCCUUUGUGUAUGGGGCCGUUGCCAUUGGUGCCAGCAUCUAUGUGGUGGGAGACCUGGACACCGGUACCAGCUACGAUUACGUGCGGGAGUUCCGGCGGAGUUCCGGAACCUGGCACCGCACCAGACCCAUGCUGCCCUCUGACCUCUGCCGGACUGGCUGCGCAGCCCUGCGCAUCGCCAACUGCCGGCUGUUCCGGCUGCAGCUGCAGCAGGGCCUCUUUCGAAUCCGUGUCCAAUCCACGUAAAGGGGCCGACCGCCUGGCCAACUGCACCCUGUCCCACCCAGCCUGCAAACCCUCACCCACCCCUCCCCCGCACAUGCAACUCGCCCUGGUUUAUAGAUGGUCUUGCACAUCACCGUGCGAAAAAGAACAUUGGGACAUGAGGAAGUGAACGCAGCUGGGCCUAAAAGCUGGACCCACCUAGUUCGAAUGGAUUUCAUUUGAUAAUAGUACAAUCAUCUGGCCUUUUUGAGGGUGUGUCUGGACACUGUCUAUCCUGCUGCUUCCCCUGCUGGUGGCUUGGGGUCAUUACACAGACACAGACUUUAUUCUGUUUUAGCAGCUGGUCUCUGAUGCCUUUCUUAGAAAUUACGCUAAUUUAGUUUUUAUAUAAUUUCUGUAUCCAUACUCCCUGUGUGCUCUCUGUAUUUAUGACUCCUGUGAAGGAGUGUAAUUGCUGGGAGUAAGAAAAUGUAGCUUUAUUGUGGGGGAGGGAUUUAAAAGAGUACAGAAGACUGUUUUUUAGAUUAUGCAAAUUCAAGCUCAAUAUUGUGGCUGCUCUUUUAAGAGUUCAAAGGUCGCUGUGACGCUGAGGGUUGCUGAGUGUCAGGGAGUGAAGAAUUGUACAGUACAUAAUGCUUGCCCUUCUCACACAGUGUACACACAGGCACUUUCUCACUUGCACUUGCUCUCGCACACACAAACGCUACACAGUGCAUACGUGUCUACACACCAUACGCAUAGUGCCCGCAUCAGUCACUGUGUACGUGCACCAUAACAUAUUACAGUUUGUGAACACUGCACACACAAAUUAAAGAACACACCACAACCCGAUUACAGUUCACACCAAUACACAAACUAAAAGACGUAAACACACUACACAAAGUUUAGUGUAUACACAUACUACACCUUGAAGCACCUAUUAGAUUACUGCAACUGUGGGGAAAACACUAUUUCACAAAGCACCAACUCGUGGUGCAACCAGUAGAGUGAGUUGCUUAAUGAUGAAAUAAUCUGAACCAAUCAAAUCUCUUCUCUGUCCGAGAGCCAGUGUCUCCAGCUGGCACAGUUAGCCAUUAAUGAGGUGCUAUCUCAAAUGGGCGGACCUGGGCUCUGGGCUUUGUCAUGCCCCUCUUGCCCAUCACUGUGUAAUCACACAUGACAGCAAGUAGUACAGCAGCACAGGCAUUAUUCCAAUUCAAAAGAUUGUGUGUGUGUGUCAAGGGGGGCGGGGGUUGUUUGUGCAGGUGCUUGUGUGUGAGUCUCUGUCUGUGUGCGCUGUGCUACAUCCCCUCAGCUCAGUACUGUAGGGGAGCAGGUGGAAGGAAAGCUACAGGUGUAGCUCUGGGAGCUAGGUGUGGUUUUAUCCUCUAAAAAUAUAUAUUUAGCUGUACCUCCGUAUAAAGGGUAGGGGGUGUGAAUUGAACUGUUAUAUCGCUGCCUGUCUGUCUGAAAAAAGAAGGGAUUUCAAAGUAAACUUGUUUCCAUUUUCUGUCCCGUGGUAACUGCUCAGAUGUCACAUUCAGGAUUGUUGCAAUGGAGUGAACUGAAUUGUGCUUCUAACACAAGCUAGGGCAUGCUGUUUUUUUUUACCACCUCAGCAUUAAAAGCAUUUUGGGUCAUUUCUUCAA